AUGAUGCAUCCUCAAGUCUUCAUUUCAGGCCUUAUACUGCUUCUCCCAGGUGCUGUGAGUUCUCAUAGAGUAGUGAAGGGGGUGAUUGAUCACCCUGUCACACUGCCAUGUACUUACUCAACAUCCCGAGGAAUCACUACCACUUGUUGGGGUCUAGGAACAUGCUCAGCUUUUAAUUGUGUAAACAUAAUUAUCCAGACCAAUGGAUACCGUGUCACCUAUCGGAGUAGCAGUAGAUACCAGCUAAAGGGGCAUAUUUCGGGAGGAAACGUGUCCUUGACAAUAGAGAAUGCUGUUCAGAGUGACAGUGGUGUGUAUUGCUGUCGAGUGAAGAUCCCUGGAUGGUUCAAUGAUCAGAUAUCGACCUUUUCCUUGGAAGUUAGACCAGCAAGACCCACAACUACAGCAAGACCCACAACUACUGGAAGACCCACAUCUUCAGGAAGACCCAUAACUAUUUCAACAAGACUCACCCAUGUACCUACAUCACCCCGAGUCUCCACCUCUACUCCUCCAACACCAGCACACACACAGACUCACACACCAGAACCCACUACAUUUUAUCCACAUCAGACAACAGCUGAGGUGACAGAAACCCCAUCCUAUACUCUUGCAGAUUGGAAUUACACUGUGACAUCCUCAGAUGACUUUUGCAGUAAUUACACUGAUUCAAUCCUUUCACAGGAGUGGCAGAAGAACACGACUAAUGACUUCUAUAUCGGCAUCUCCAUUGAUGCCCUGCUGCUGCUGCUACUUAUGUGCACCCUGGCUGUCACCAGGUACAUCCUUAUGAAAAAGAAGUCAGAGUCUCUAAGCUUGGUAGCAUUCCGUGUCUCUAAGAUGGGAACUUUUCAAAAUACAGCAGAUGUGAAGUCCAGAGCUGAAGACAAUGUCUACAUUAUUGAAGACAGUCUUUACCAUACAGAAUGA